CACGCGUCGCAUCUUGUCGGUGGCCGGCACGCGGCGACGUCGGAGCGGUAGGUGCAAACGCACGCAAGCCGAGGCGUACGCGCGAGCCAAGCCAAGCCAGCGAGCGCGCCGCGAGAAGCCUCUCCUCCUCUCCCCGAUCCCUCUCUCCCUUCCUCCUCUCCACCGAGAAAAAUCGAGGCCAACACGCCACGCAACGCGCGGGACGCGUGCUCCAGAUCCAGCGCCUCGCCGCGCGCGCCAGGUGUUCGAUGAUUUUCCGGUGCGGGAGGGUGUAGGAGGCUCGGAGGAGGAGGAGGUGACGCGGGGGUGGGGGGCGGAGGGGAGGAGGAGGAGGGGGCAGAUCUGGGGGCAAAUCUGGCAGGCGGAGCGGUGGGGCUGCGGGCGAGGGGGAGGGCGGGGGGCUGGGCGGACGGCGCGGAGGGAGGGGAGGAGGGGGAGGACUGCAGGGGGCUCAGGCCCUGGCGGCGGAGGCUGCUCGCGUCCAUGGCGCUCUCCUGGCCCUCGGCCAUCCGCCUCGCCGUCGCCGCCGUGCUCCUCGCCGCGGUCGGCGUCGCGCUUUUCACGCUCCCCGUUGACAAGAUUUUGAAGGACUUUCUGGUUUGGAUCAAGGAUAACUUGGGUCCAUGGGGUCCUCUGGUAUUGGCUCUUGCUUACGUCCCUUUGACGGUAUUGGCUGUUCCAGCAUCCAUACUUACACUUGGAGGAGGUUAUCUGUUUGGCCUGCCUGUUGGGUUUGUUGCUGAUUCCAUUGGAGCAACAAUUGGUGCAACUGCUGCAUUUUUGCUUGGCAGAACGAUAGGAAGGCCAUAUGUUCUCUCCAAAUGCAAAGAUUAUCCCAAGUUUCAAGCGGUAGCUAUUGCUAUCGAAAGGUCUGGCUUCAAGAUUGUGUUGUUAUUAAGGCUUGUUCCUUUACUUCCGUUCAACAUGUUGAACUACCUGUUGUCCGUUACUCCUGUUGGCAUUGGAGAGUACAUGCUGGCUUCUUGGCUGGGGAUGAUGCCUAUCACUCUUGCAUUGGUAUAUGUUGGAACAACACUAAAGGAUCUAUCAGAUGUGACUCAUGGCUGGAGUGAGAUCUCAACAACUCGAUGGAUUCUCAUAAUAUCUGGCUUCAUCUUGUCUGUUGUUUUGAUUGUAUGUGUUACAAGAAUUGCAAAAUCUUCUUUGGAGAAGGCAUUGGCUGAGAAUGGAGAUGCAGGAAUUCCACAGCUUCCUGUGGUGGCCUCUCCCUCGGAUUUGCAACAACCCCUUGUGAUCAGAAUUGACACGUCAAAUGAAGAUCAUGAGAAGUGAAUCUGUUGUUUACAACUUUACAUGUACAUUCUUUGGCUGUUCAAUCUGUAUCACUUUACACUGUAGUUUUUGCCAGAUCCAUUUUGCCAGUAAAAGAAAAGAAAAAGGAAAGGAAAAAUUGUAUUGUUAGGUAACACUACAUAAUUUCUUAAUCCACGAGAUAACAUCCACGAGUCCAACUGCAGUUCUAUACUGACUAUUCACAGAAGUUUUCAAGCGACUGUUGUAUUCCGAAUUCGAAAAUUUUGAUAUGCUUUUUCACGAAA